GUUGCUAUUCCUCUAAGCAAAGAAAACCAGGAAAAGAAAAUAAAUGUCGAAAUUAACAUUAAAGAAGAACUUGGAGGUGAAAAGUUGGGUUAUUUUGAAAUUAUAAAAAAUCAUUUUGACAAAUCCAGUACUUAUAUCCAGAUAAUUGUACAACCACCUGCCACCACUGGUAAGUGUCUUCCAAUGUUUUACCUUUUAGACAAGGGAAUUUCUAGU